AUGUAUGUCACUCCCUCCCGUUUUCUUUUCCUCACAAAUGCCUUUGUUCCACAGCUCAGAUUUAUAUUUAUUUGUUCACGUCCCAGAGGGAUCAAAAACUAA